AGUUUGAUUUGCGGUCAUAUUGUCAGUUAGAGCGGCUCGGACCACUUGGAGUUGUCUUCAGUUUGUGGUAGUUUCGCUUCGCGAGUGGUUGAGCCAGUUAAAUAGUAGUGACAUACCUCUUGUGUACUACAUACUACAUAUAAACUUAACAUUGGCAAAUUGUGCGACACCCCGAAAUUAUAUUGCACAAUAUAAAUAAACACAAUACACCUCCGUCCAUAUACAUACCUACGAUAUAUGCAUAUAUAAGAUGUUUGCCAGCAAACGAAGAAGCCUGGCGUUGAGCGUGGUGCUAAUCGCUAUACAAACGCUAUCAUGGACGCCGACAAUGAGUUUGCCACAAGGUGCUCCGGAAAUCGUGUGCGACACAAUGUUGCCAUUCCAUGGUGGUGGCAUACCGCCGGCAAGCUCGUUGCCACCAUUCCGAAUAGAAACGUCGUCGUCGGUAAUUGGACAAGGCCAAACGAUGCGUGUGGACAUUGUUGGCGUUCCAGCUGGCUUAAGUUUUGGGGGAUUCAUGGUGCAGGCACGCAACCGCAACUCGCCGCAUCAAAUUAUCGGCCAAUUUAAUCCAUCAACCGAUGGCAGCGCCAAACUGAUGAACUGCGAGAACUCUGUUGGAAACUCAGCUACACAUACUAGUCCAGGACCAAAGCAAACCGUGAGCUUAGAAUGGCUGUCGCCGGUUGACUUUUUGGGCGAUGUUGUCUUUAACGCUACUGUGGCUCAAUCGUACGAUUCAUUCUGGGUUGGUAUACCAUCAGAUCCGGUGCAGAUUGUACGACGUGAUACUACGGACACAUAUCCACAGACCACAAGGAAGCCUUAUGUAACACCACCACCACGUGGUUCUUACACACCACGCACGGAAGUGCCACCGGUGGUAGAAACACCAGAAGAUCCCUUCUAUGCCGACUGUGGACGUAGUAAAACUUGUUUCGGCUUUCCGGAUGGUUGUAUCGCAGGGAAGUCAUGUAAAGCUAUCUCAGCGAUUACGGUACGCGGUGAUGUCUAUGAAUUUGAAAUGAAAACCGGAAGUGGUGGUGCUGCCUAUGUCGCAUUGGGCCUUUCGGAGGAUGCUAAAAUGGGUGACGAUCUGGUGACUGAAUGUGUGCCACAGAACGGUAAAGUGAAUGUGUAUACCUCGUACACCGCAGGUAAUCCUAAUUAUGCUGCCAACAGAGCCAAUGUGCCGCAAAAUAAUGCGCGCUUGCUGGAAUCGUCAGUCGUUGAUGGCAUCAUCUAUUGUAAAGUGCAACGAGAUAUGGUUACUCAGGUGCGUGGCAAAAGCUUUGAUUUACUCAACAACAAAUAUCAUCUCUUGGUGGCGAGUGGAACGGGUCUCAAAGAAAAUAGCGUUGGCUAUCAUGACAUCGGUCGCUUGCCCUCGGGCAGUCCCAUAAAUUUGGCUAUAGUGCAGGAUCUCUCCGGUUCCUCAGUCUUGCUCUUGCGUUUACACGGUGCUUUCAUGGUGAUAGCUUGGAUUGGCACAACGUCUUUGGGUAUUAUUUUUGCGCGUUAUUUCAAACAAACUUGGGUCGGAAAACAGAUUUGUGGAAAGGAUCAAUGGUUUGUGUGGCAUCGUGCUUGCAUGGUCACCACCUGGUCUCUAACGGUUGUUGCCUUUAUCAUCAUAUUUGUUGAAAUCGGCGAUUGGUCUGGCGAACGCAAUCCACAUGCGAUACUCGGCACAAUAACCACCAUCAUUUGCUUCUUACAACCGAUCGGUGCGCUCUUCCGACCAGCGCCGAAUUCCAAAAAUCGCCCGAUCUUCAACUGGGCCCAUUGGUUGGGCGGUAAUCUGGCGCACAUACUAUCGAUUGUGACGAUUUUCUUCGCUGUUAAACUGACCAAAGCCCAAUUGCCCGAAUGGAUGGACUGGAUACUGGUCGCAUUCGUCGUCGUGCACGUGAUUGUGCAUUUAAUUUACUCCAUUUUUUUGUGCAUGCAGAUUGCCGGUUGCUCCGCCGAUCGUCAGCAAACGCAAAAUGUGAACGCUUUUCAAAUGAGCGACAUGGGUCAUCAUGGCAUGCGCAAUGGACAUCGCAUGGAACGCAAAAUGGAUGCGCCGUACGCCGGUUUCCGUAAGGGUCUGCUGGCCGCCUACAUUAUUGUUGUUGUACUCUUCGUGGUGGCGCUGGUGUUGGUUGUGGUGCUGGCACCCAUCGAGGAAACGUUCAAUAAACUCAAGGGCAACUGAACGCACAAUUGAGUAUUAAGUGUCAAGUAAGGGAGGUGUACUUAGCUCAAAACUAAUCUGGAAAACCUGUAAUAAUAAAUACCAAGGGAAUUUGCUCAAGUUUACAAUAUACUCGUAUAUCGUUAUGUUAAAGUGCUAUGUAUGUAUGUAUGUACUCGUUUGUAUGUUCGAAAUCCUGUGCUGUGCUCCAGGGGCAGCAAUUUGUUUAUAACUCCGUGUACUUGUACCUCAAAGCAUUUUUUAGUAGUAUAAGUUCUUCUUAUCAUAUCUAUGUUUAUGUACAUACAUAUACAUAUCUAUUGAAGUUGUAAUAUUUCAGUUGUUUUUGCUCAAGAACUCUGUUGUAGAUUGUUGAAAUAAUUUAUUCCACAAAAAAAAAAAAUAUUUUAUACAAAUAUAUAUACAUGUAUAUGUUUUUAAAUUUAA